AUGGUCUCAAGCAAGAAUGAAAUCCCAACAAGAACCCCUCCAAGGGCCCAUUCACGGCCAAUAUCUAGAAAUAUCUCCCUAACGAACGUGCUGCAGUCUAUUGACUCUGUAAUCCAUCCAGAUCUGGGACAUCAACGUUGGAGCCAAAUUAACGACGGUAGUGUUUUGGAUGGCAACCUGAUUCAUCCAAUAACGAAUUCAGGAUCAAGGACAAGGCAAACGACUACUACGAUUGAUGAUUGUGAGAUGCUUAUGCCGGCGCCAUUACCGCCCACUCUAUCGGUGACGAAUCGAUUCGUUGAUGAAUUGGUGCCAGAACGGUCCACAAGCAGAAGAGCAACUCCUGCAUUGGGUAGUGACCAUGAGAAAGUGACUUUUAAACAAGUGUUGCAGGAACGGUACGCAUGUCCUACUUCGUCUUCGUCACCUUCGUCUUCGUCACAAGCACCUGCUGGAUCUGCCAUCAUAUCACCACCAUACAUCGAGCAUGGACGACGACCACCAAACAGUUCAAUAUCACCACCCACUGAAGACACAUCAUCAUCGCUACUAGCCCAGCAUGGCGUCCACAUCCACCAACAACACGAAACACCCAAUCGUCUAAAUUUACAAAAAGCAUUCCACAAGCGACAAACCACACAACAACCAACUACACAUUGUCACACCCAUUUUCCAUUUUGGACGCACAAGAGUUACAAGUACGAUGAAUGUGGCCAGUGUGGUGUGCGUAUGAGUCCUGCUGAACGAGUUGAUGAACGGAGAAGAAGAGAAGAGAAGGCUCGUCAAGCUAUACGCAGUAGUAGUCGCACGGAAGAUGAUGAGAGGUUGGAGCCCAUGUUUUGGAUUGUUGUCAAGUCAGUUCUUGGUGUAGAAGCAGUUGGGCUUUUCGUGUUGGCUGCUUUUGGUAUUCGGGCUCUGAUUCUAGACAAGGACGUAACUUGUGACCUGAAACCAUACGUUCUUCUGUGUGUUGAAGUAGCCUUUGUCUUUUUGCAAGCCCUUUUGGACUUGCGGCUAGUCCUGAAUUUACCUAGCGAGUCGUUGUGGACCUAUGAGAUACAUUCUGGUGCCAGAAGAUCUCUCCCAUGUCUCAUCAUGAAAAUCAUUACCAACUUUGUGCAGUGUCUGGUUAUUGUAGUUGGACUGGCAUUCUCAAAGACCACGUCAAGUGAAUGUAGCGCUGCCAUGCCAAACGUCUCCGACACAGUAUUCUGGACGUGUUUCGCUCAAGCUAUCGUAUUCGUGCUGAGUGGAUUCUGUGGAUGGGUUUUGGUCCUAGCCCUAUUUCGAGGAGAAGUCCCCGAUGAAAGACCAUUCGACAUCCGAUCCGUCAACCGCCUUGAGAGAGUCCGGUAUUCAAAGGACGGGUGUGAAGACGAAGAUUGUUCGAUUUGUCUCAAUUCUAUGGAGGUUGGGACCAAACUGCCUUGUGGACAUGUAUUUCAUCAUACGUGUGUUGAGGAGUGGUUGUCUGUUAAUCAAUACUGGUAG